AACGCCGAUCGAUCCAGUGAGACGUGUAAAAAAGCUGCCAGAAGAUCGAUCCAAAGAAGCAGCGAGGAGGAAGAACGACACGAUCGAUGUCGCACAUCGCGGUGGAGCGGAACCGGCGGCGGCAGAUGAACGAGCACCUCAAGACGCUGCGUUCCCUGACGCCGGCGCUGUACGUGAAGCGCGGCGACCAGGCCUCCAUCAUCGGCGGCGCCGUCGACUUCAUCCGCGAGCUCCACGUCCUCCUCGAAGCACUCCAGGCAAACAAGCGCCGCCGCCUCAACAACAAUCUUCAUCCCUGCAGCACCCCAACCACCCCAAGCCCGCGCUCCCUCCCCACCAACAACACCAACUCCUCCUCCCCCGGCUCCGGCGGCUCCUCCUCCGCCGCCUCCAACACCGGCAGCGGCGGCGGCGUCAACAAGGAGAAGGCGAGGGAGCUGGCGGCGUGCUGCAGCUCGGCGGCGGCGGAGGUGGAGGCGCGGAUCUCGGGGGCCAACCUGCUGCUGCGGACGCUCUCGGGCCGGGCUCCCCCGGGCCAGGCCGCGAAAAUGGUGGGCCUGCUCCAGGCCUUGCACCUCGAGGUCCUCCAUCUCAACAUCAGCACCCUGGAAGACACCGUGCUCCACUCCUUCGUCCUCCAGAUCGGGCUCGAGUGCCAGCUCAGCGUCGAGGACCUCGCCUUCGAGGUGCACCAGACCUUCUGCUGCGACUACCAGCAAGAGGAUCACCAUGGCCAGCAGCAGCUCCUCCUCGAGCUGCCCAUCGCCGGCACCGUCCAUGGCGACAUCAUGAUCAAUUAAUUAAACAUCAACAUGCAUGCAUGGCUCCUCCCGGCCUCCUCAUCAGCCUGCUAAUUAAUUAAUCAAAGAUGCAUGCAUGCAUGCAGUUUCUAGCUGCUCCAUAUAUGCAUGCAUGUCGAUCUAGACCCCUUGGGCCUUGGCUAAAUUUGCCCGCGUGUUAAUCACUUUUUCCUCACAAGUAAUAUAUAGUACAGUAUAUUCACCUCCAUUAAUUAAUUCGAAAAAAAAACAUUAUACUCAGUAACUGAGAUACCCCUGUAACGUACUCUUGUAAUCUUGCUUCGAAAUGUAAGUCGUCUAUGCAAAUUAAUUCGAUGGAAUUUUAAUUGUUGA